CUACAACCUCAAUGCCAUGAUGCGCAAGCGCUACGAGGAGCUCAUGGACGCCCGGGCGUUCAACGAGUGGCUCCAGAACCGACAGCUGAAGCGGCAAGGUGAGGAGUACGCCGACGUCAUGGGCAGGAUGGCCGAGAUGGUCAAUCGCAGGAUCCCCCAGCUGCGGUGGGCCGGGGCGGAGCGGCGGCAGGUCCUCCGAGCCGCCCAGCAGGUGCUGGAAUCCUUCGAGGAAGGCGAGCCCCUCAACCUGCCCCUGCCAGACAGGCGCGUGAGCACCUAUGUGCAGAGCCACUUCUACCUGGAUGAGUUCCCCCAGCCCCACAAGCUGGGCGCGCGGCUCGAGGACGACUACGUCAGCGCCGACGACGGCUACCAGGGCAGGCCCUUCCCGCAACUGAAGCGACCCAGCUUCUUGGGUCCAGGCCCCGACACGGAGAGUGAGGGUGACCCAGACGAGGCUUUUCGCCAGGGACGGGUUCGACGCGCUGAGGCCGCCACCUCCAGCCCAGCCGAGCAGCAGCGCCAGCGGACGCAUUGCGGCAUAGGUCAGGCAGUGAGGCAGUUUGGCUUCCGCAACGCCGAGCUUGCUGCGGCAGCUACCAGCCGAGGCGGAGCAGCUGAUUGCCGCGCCCAGGAGGUGGAGAGGGCUGCUGCCCAAGACAUAGAGACCUUUGCGGCGGAACAGGCUGCUGAAGGCGGCGAGCUCGUGGCCCUGCUUGCUGAAGCUGGCACGCAGACCGCUGAGGCUGCGGCAGCUGAGGCGGCUGGAGGCGGGAUUCUAGGCGGCCUGGCAGCCGCAGCAGAAGGCGUAGGAGCUGCCGCGGCAGCUGCUUUCCCCAUAGCCGAGAAGCUACACAUGACCACCAGCGUCACAACAGGAGGCGCGGCGGCCCUUGCGGGCGGCGCUGCUUACGGGCUGUAUCAAGGCGGGCGCUGGCUCCUGUCGGGCAACGGAGGUGACGCUGCGUCAUCCAGCGGCGGCGAGUUCCCAGACGUCAGGACUCUGAACGGCAUGCAACAAGGAACGCCGCAGGAGCGCGUCAGCCUCCAACAGCGCAGGGUGCAGCAGCCCAUGGUGUCGCGCUUGAACAGCAGCGAAGAUGACGCGCCCAUGGCCCAGCAGCAGGCGCAGCCGCGGCCCCAAGUACA